AAAGACGACGACAUAGAGGAAGGAGACCUCCCGGAGCACAAGCGGCCGGCGGCCCCCGUGGACUUCUCGCAGCUGGACCCGGGCAAGCCGGAGAGCAUCCUGAAGAUGACCAAGAAGGGCAAGACCCUCAUGAUGUUCGUCACCGUGUCCGGGAGCCCCACGGAGAAGGAGACGGAGGAGAUCACCAGCCUGUGGCAGGGCAGCCUCUUCAACGCCAACUACGACGUCCAGAGGUUCAUCGUGGGCUCAGACCGCGCCAUCUUCAUGCUACGGGACGGGGGCUACGCCUGGGAGAUCAAGGACUUCCUGGUCAGCCAGGACCGGUGUGCGGAUGUCACCCUGGAGGGGCAGGUGUACCCUGGCCGAGGCGGAGGCGGCAAAGAGAAAAACCAAACCAAGCCCGGGAAGGGCAAGAGGAAGGAGGGAGACGCCAAGCCCCGCGCCUCGAAGGAAGGCAACCGAGCGGGGAAGACGCGCGAGGACCUGUAACGGGCGGGCGGACGUGGGGGCGUGGGGACCCACACCGCGUGGCAUUCUGGCUGCCUCCAGAGCCCGGCACCUGCUCGCUCUGACCACACGCCGGGCUGUGGGCAGGUACGAGUCCCCAUUGAAAAGGCUGCAAGGACGGACGGCUUCCUCAUUCUCCUUGGACACGGCCAAGUUCAGGUUUCCCGUGAAGCCGUGUCCGAUGGGAGCCGGACUGUGGCCUUUCCCACUGACACGGAGGGAGCCCCUGGCCGCCCUGCUCCGGUCGCGGGUCUGUGCUUCGGGUUUUGUGCGUUGAUUUUGAGAGAGAAGGACACCAGUUCUACUGACACGUUGAGACCUGACACCAUUGGAGCGGCCUCUUCCCGCUUCGUGACUGUGAAGUGAGCACGCGCCUCGGCCACAGGACGUGUGCACCCCCUGUCCCUGCAGGACCCGCAGAGACAGGAAGCCCGGUCCCUGGGGUCCCACGCAUCUGGGAUUCCGGGGCUCCCGCCUUCUUGGUUAGAGGGACUCUGGGUCCCUGCCCGCUGCUGGCUGGCCUGGGGCCCGGGUCCUGUCUGUGUCCCGUUGAGGAAGCCCCAGGGCUGGCUGUCGGCCAGGUGACCUGACAGCGUUAAAGGGGUCACUGGGGCACCGGCGGCCCAGGGCCCCACCCUCCAUGUGCACACGUGUCUGAUGAAGUGCCUACAUGCGUGUCUGGUCCUCGUGGCGCCCUCCCCGCUGGUUCUGACUCCCGUUCCUGUCGGAGCCGCCCCCGGGGGAGGGCCGGUUUGUACACAGGAGCCAUUUUUAAGAGCUGCCGUUUGUAAACCCGUCCGUUGUGAUUUUAACAAAAUAACACACGUGCGUGCUCAGA